UACACGAAGACAGGCGCGCAACAACACAUUGCACUAGUUCCAGCCUUCGGUAAAUUAGCUUGACACGCUUUUACAGCUCGUUAUUAUUUGACUAGUUACGUUAGAUAUUCGUCGUUAGUAGCUAGACCUAGUUUUACAUUUAUCAAUAGGAUAGUUAUGGAGAUUUAUAUGGAGUCUUCACCGGACCCUGCUUCCAGUGACGCGGGAAACAGCGUCUCUAAACCGGCUACUCCAGUCAUGGACACGCCGGCGAACCUGGAGACCCUCCAAACGGACGACCACCACCAAACCCCUGUUAGAGGACAGAGUCGUUCCGGCUCCAACAAAGGGACGUCAGCAGCGAAGAAGACACAUACAUCUCAAAUUGAAAUUAUUCCUUGCAAGAUAUGUGGAGAUAAGUCGUCAGGUAUCCACUACGGCGUGAUCACCUGCGAAGGCUGCAAGGGUUUCUUCAGGAGGAGCCAGCAGAGUAAUGCAGGGUACUCCUGCCCUCGUCAGAAGAACUGUUUGAUUGACAGGACCAGCAGAAACCGUUGCCAACACUGUAGACUGCAGAAAUGCCUGACCGUAGGCAUGUCACGGGACGCGGUGAAGUUUGGACGUAUGUCCAAGAAGCAGAGAGACAGCCUGUACGCUGAGGUCCAGAAACACCGUCUCCAGCAGGCCCAGCAGCUGCAGAGAGACCUCCACCCUCAUCAGAACCCGGGGGAGGUCGAGCCUCUCUCUCCCCACUACGGCCUCACUGACCUCCACGAAGCCCUGGGAGGGUACAUGGAGGAACACAGCCCCGAGGGGGGUAACGGCCCAGCCUCCAAGGGGGGCUCUGACUCAGGAGGAGCGGGGGGGUUCUACCUGGACAUUCAGCCAUCUCCUGAUCAGUCUGGUCUGGAUAUUAACGGUAUAAAACCAGAGCCUCUGUGUGAUUAUGGUUCCAACCAGGGUUUCUUCCCCUACUGUUCCUUCACCAACGGAGAGACGUCUCCCACAGUAUCUAUGGCUGAGCUAGAACACCUGGGCCAGAACAUCUCCAAGUCCCACCAGGAGACGUGUCAGUACCUGAGGGAGGAGCUGCAGAGCAUGAGCUGGCAGGCCUUCCUCCAGGAGGAGAUAGAGACCUACCAGACGAAGCCAGAGGAGGUGAUGUGGCAGCUGUGUGCCAUCAAGAUAACGGAGGCCAUCCAGUACGUGGUGGAGUUCGCCAAACGCAUCGACGGCUUCAUGGAGCUCUGUCAGAACGACCAGAUAGUGCUGCUCAAAGCAGGGUCUCUUGAAGUGGUGUUCAUCAGAAUGUGUCGUGCCUUUGACUCUCAGAACGGCACCGUCUACUUUGAUGGGAAAUACGCCGGGACUGAUGUCUUCAAAGCGUUAGGUUGUGACGAUCUGAUCCGCCUGGUCUUUGAGUUUGGGAAGAGUAUGUCUGUCAUCCAUCUCUCUGAGGAGGAGAUCGCUCUGUUCUCAGCGUACGUCCUGAUGUCUGCAGAUCGGACGUGGCUUCAGGAGAAGGGGAAGGUAGAGAAGCUGCAACAGAAGAUCCAGCUGGCUUUACAACAUGUCCUUCAGAAGAAUGGCAGAGAGGACCUGGUUCUCACCAAGUUGAUAUGCAAAGUGUCGACCCUGCGGGCGUUAGUCAGCCGGCAUACAGAGAAGCUGACGGCCUUCAGAGCAACCUACCCAGACAUUGUCCAAGCCCACUUCCCUCCACUAUACAAGGAGCUGUUUGGCUCAGACUUUGAACAGGGCUCCAUGUCCAUAGACGGCUAGCCAAGGACCCGUCGUUAUACUACCGUACUGUAUCUGCCCUGUACUGUAGUUUACCUCAUGGUGCCAGUGUUGAUCUUUGAGAGACGGAGAGACACCGUGGAAUGAGAGACACUCAGACAGUGCCUUGGUCCUGGCCCUAACCUGCUUUUACCUGGACAGACAGAUGACGUUUCUUCUCCUCUGUGUCCUCCUGGAUGAUGAGUUGGAAUGUUUCUGGGAGGAAAAAAAAACAGUCAAGCACUUAGAAAACCAACAGCCUUUCCUCUCACAACAAUAAACCUAUUGGGACAGGGGGAGUGGAUUCAGCCACAACACUUACCUGUAGACAACGGUGUGAUGGACAGUGGAUUCAGCCACAACCCUUUACCUGUAGACAACGGUGUGAUGGACAGCGGAUACAGCCACAACACUUUACCUGUAGACAACGGUGUGAUGGACAGCGGAUUCAGCCACAACACUUUACCUGUAGACAACGGUGUGAUGGACAGCAGUUACAGCCACAACACUUUACCUAUAGACAACGGUGUGAUGGACAGCAGUGUGAUGGGGAAGUGGUGUUGAGUUCUACACCCCUUUCACUAAACAUCACAUUCAAAGCCAUCUGCUAUUAAACCUUCACAACAGGAAGAGGAGUGGAAGUCACCACCACGACAAUAACAGGGUUAUGUCCCAAAGUGCACCCUAUUCCCAUACGCAGUGCACUACGUGUAAUAAGAGGAUCUGGUUAAAAGUAGUGCCCUCAUUUAGGGAAUAGGGUGCCGUUUGGGAUGCAGAUCAAGGUGUCCAUUCCACCUCUUUCCAAUGUCCUACAGGGUAUUGCUAUGCUGAUCAUAAAUACAUACUAUAUUGAGAUAUGAAUCAAUGUUUUACAAUCUAUUUGUGUUAUAGCUUGUAUCUCUCCCAUUUGUUCCAAUUGACGAGCCACUUUUACUGACGCCUGUCAGUAAUGAAUGAAUCGUGUGUAUUGUCCACACCUGUCUCUGAGUAAAUGAAUGAAUCGUGUGAUGUCCACACCUGUCUCUGAGUUAAUGAAUGAAUCGUGUGUAUUGUCCACACCUGUCUCUGAGUUAAUGAAUGAAUCGUGUGUAUUGUCCACACCUGUCUCUGAGUUAAUGAAUGAAUCGUGUGAUGUCCACACCUGUCUCUGAGUUAAUGAAUGAAUCGUGUGUAUUGUCCACACCUGUCUCUGAGUUAAUGAAUGAAUCGUGUGUAUUGUCCACACCUGUCUCUGAGUUAAUGAAUGAAUCGUGUGAUGUCCACACCUGUCUCUGAGUUAAUGAAUGAAUCGUGUGUAUUGUCCACACCUGUCUCUGAGUUAAUGAAUGAAUCGUGUAUUGUCCACACCUGUCUCUGAGUUAAUGAAUGAAUCGUGUAUUGUCCACACCUGUCUCUGAGUUAAUGAAUGAAUCGUGUAUUGUCCACACCUGUCUCUGAGUUAAUGAAUGAAUCGUGUGAUGUCCACACCUGUCUCUGAGUUAAUGAAUGAAUCGUGUAUUGUCCACACCUGUCUCUGAGUUAAUGAAUGAAUCGUGUGUAUUGUCCACACCUGUCUCUGAGUUAAUGAAUGAAUCGUGUGUAUUGUCCACACCUGUCUCUGAGUUAAUGAAUGAAUCGUGUGUAUUGUCCACACCUGUCUCUGAGUUAAUGAAUGAAUCGUGUGUAUUGUCCACACCUGUCUCUGAGUUAAUGAAUGAAUCGUGUGUAUUGUCCACACCUGUCUCUGAGUUAAUGAAUGAAUCGUGUGUAUUGUCCACACCUGUCUCUGAGAUAAUGAAUGAAUCGUGUGUAUUGUCCACACCUGUCUCUGAGUUAAUGAAUGAAUCGUGUGUAUUGUCCACACCUGUCUCUGAGUAAAUGAAUGAAUCGUGUGAUGUCCACACCUGUCUCUGAGUUAAUGAAUGAAUUGUGUGUAUUGUCCACACCUGUCUCUGAGUUAAUGAAUGAAUCGUGUAUUGUCCACACCUGUCUCUGAGUUAAUGAAUGAAUCGUGUGUAUUGUCCACACCUGUCUCUGAGUUAAUGAAUGAAUCGUGUGUAUUGUCCACACCUGUCUCUGAGUUAAUGAAUGAAUCGUGUGUAUUGUCCACACCUGUCUCUGAGUUAAUGAAUGAAUCGUGUGUAUUGUCCACACCUGUCUCUGAGUUAAUGAAUGAAUCGUGUGAUGUCCACACCUGUCUCUGAGUAAAUGCAAUACUGUGAUCCAUUAAAGAAUCAAUAGUCCAUUUCCA